GUGCAACUUGCGGCGGGCAUCUGCCGAGCCUCUGAGCCGGCGGCGGCCCGGGCCCCGGACUGCGGCCGCGCCGAUCCCACCCAGCCCACCCCGCCCCGGCCGACGGCUGCGGCUGACCUGGAUCCUCCGAGCGCCCGCCGGCCGCCAGUGAUCCGCCCUCGCCUUCCGGGCUGGUUUCUGGAGCGCGAGGAGCGCUCUCCUCGCCUCCCCUCUCGCCGGACCCCCGGCCCCCGAUGGCUCGGAUGGGGCUUGCGGGCGCCGCUGGACGCUGGUGGGGACUCGCUCUCGGCUUGACUGCAUUCUUCCUCCCAGGCGCCCACGCCCAGGUGGUCCAGGUGAACGACUCAAUGUAUGGCUUCAUCGGCACAGACGUGGUGCUGCACUGCAGCUUUGCCAACCCGCUGCCCAGUGUGAAGAUCACCCAGGUCACGUGGCAGAAGGCCACCAAUGGCACCAAGCAGAACGUGGCCAUCUAUAACCCCGCCAUGGGCGUCUCCGUGCUGGCCCCUUACCGCGAGCGCGUGGAGUUCCUGCGGCCCUCCUUCACCGACGGCACCAUCCGCCUCUCCCACCUGGAGCUGGAGGAUGAGGGUGUCUACAUCUGCGAGUUUGCCACCUUCCCCACGGGCAAUCGUGAGAGCCAACUCAAUCUCACCGUGAUGGCCAAACCCACCAACUGGAUAGAGGGCACCCAGGCAGUGCUCCGAGCCAAGAAGGGGCAGGACGACAAGGUUCUGGUGGCCACCUGCACCUCGGCCAACGGGAAGCCUCCCAGUGUGGUGUCCUGGGAAACACGGCUGAAGGGCGAGGCCGAGUACCAGGAGAUCCGGAACCCCAAUGGCACAGUGACGGUCAUCAGCCGUUACCGCCUGGUGCCCAGCAGGGAGGCCCACCAGCAGUCCCUGGCCUGCAUCGUCAACUACCACACGGACCGCUUCAAGGAGAGCCUCACCCUCAACGUGCAGUAUGAGCCCGAGGUGACCAUUGAGGGGUUCGAUGGCAACUGGUACCUACAGCGGAUGGAUGUGAAGCUCACGUGCAAAGCUGAUGCUAACCCCCCGGCCACUGAGUACCGCUGGACGACGCUGAAUGGCUCUCUCCCCAAGGGUGUGGAGGCCCAGAACAGAACCCUCUUCUUCAAGGGACCCAUCAACUAUAGCCUGGCAGGCACCUACAUCUGUGAGGCCACCAACCCCAUUGGCACCCGCUCGGGACAGGUGGAGGUCAAUAUCACAGAGUUCCCCUACACCCCGUCUCCUCCUGAACAUGGGCGGCGCGCUGGGCCGGUGCCCACGGCCAUCAUUGGGGGCGUGGCGGGGAGCAUCCUGCUGGUGCUGAUUGUGGUCGGCGGGAUCGUGGUGGCCCUGCGCCGGCGCCGGCACACCUUCAAGGGUGACUACAGCACCAAGAAGCACGUGUACGGCAACGGCUACAGCAAGGCGGGCAUCCCCCAGCACCACCCACCCAUGGCGCAGAACCUGCAGUACCCUGAUGACUCGGACGAUGAGAAGAAGGCCGGCCCGCUGGGUGGGAGCAGCUACGAGGAGGAGGAAGAGGAGGAGGGCGGCGGAGGGGGCGAGCGCAAGGUGGGCAUCCCCCACCCCAAGUACGACGAGGACGCCAAGCGGCCGUACUUCACCGUGGAUGAGGCAGAGGCCCGUCAGGAUGGCUACGGGGACCGGACUCUGGGAUACCAGUACGACCCCGAGCAGCUGGACUUGGCUGAGAACAUGGUUUCUCAGAACGACGGGUCUUUCAUUUCCAAGAAGGAGUGGUACGUGUAGCCCCCUUCCAGAGCCUCCGUCUGUGCCCACUUCUCCCCAGCCCCUGCCCGCACGCCCCCCUGCCCGCCCCCUCCUCCAGGAGCUCAGCAGAGACUCACCCAGCUGCCCAAAGCCAGCCCCCUACUCCCGGGGCCAGGGGAGCCCAGGGCAGACAUGACUCAGCUUUGUUUUUUAUUUCCUCCCUCUCCCUGGCCCUUCCCCAUGGUGUUGUGUUCGACUGUGGCUUUAGUGUUGCUGUAUCUUCCCUUUACCCACCCCACCCGCCUGCCCUCUGUGUAGGGAGCCCUGUUCUCGUCUUGUGUACCUGGGCGUCCCUCCAGGGUUUGGGGAGCCAGCCUCCCCCAGCCCCUGACACUGGAAUUUGUUUAUGUUCUCUUCAUUGAGGGUGGAGGGCUCAAGGGGCUCCACAAGGAAAAGCCCUCCCACCCCCAGAUGCUGCUCCUCCUCCCCUGAAAGGAAGAGGGAACCCGACACCCCCCAUGAGAGCUGACACAGCUGGGAGUUUGGGCCCCCAAUCUAGACAGCCGGCGCACCCCAGAGGCAGGGGCAGGGGUGUGGCUUCUCCCAAGCACCCAGAGGAGUCUUUGUUAAGUGGGGCCUUGGGCAGGGUUUUCCUGGUGAGGUUGAUUUUACAUUUUUUUUCCUCAUUGGCCUACAGAGGGUAGAGUUGGCCCAGCUCUAACAUGUCCCUCCUAACCCUGUCUGCUCCCCACACGGUGGGGCUCCAGGUGGACUCUGGCCCCCGCUUCCCAUACGCCUCCGCCAACACACACACACACACACACACACAUGCACACACACAUGCA